CCCAACUUCUUCCACUCGUUUCCCAUCGUCGUCUUCUUACGCGGAUUCAUGACUAUGUACUCCUUUUCUUUUCUUAGGCGUGGCCUUCAAAUUAUAUAAUACCAUCAAAGUCUUAGUUCUGAUUUACCAUUGACGUGUACACAGUUAUCUUCCACGGGAACGCAAAGGUUCCUCCAGGAGUUUCAGUGGAGAAAGCGAACGAAGCCCGCGACUUGGAGUUAAAUUUGGGCGUGAACUGAGGUGGGGGUGUUGAUCGGAAUGGCUUCCGCGGCUGUAUUCUCGUCGUUGAGGCGGCGGAGGUCUCCAUCGCUGCAGGCGUUCUUGGUCCCGCUAGAUCUGGAGGACCUGGCGUUGGUGAAGGCGGUGGCUGCCUUGGCUAAGGAGCUGAUUUCAUCGUUUUCCGGCAAAGUUGAGCCGGCUUACCAACGUAAGAAUUCCAAAAUUCUGCUCCGGAAGAUACGAAUUCUCUCAGUAGCCAUGGAAUGGCUCGGACAAAACAGAGGUUCAUCGAGAUAUCCUUCUAAUGCUUUUAUGUGCUUCAAAGAGUUGUACCUUAUACUUUACCGCUCUAAAAUACUACUGGAUUACUGUGUACAUUCAAGUAAACUGUGGCUCUUGUUGCAAAACCACUCCAUUUCGGGUCAUUUCCUCGAUCUGAACCAAGAGAUUUCUACACUCUUGGAUGUCUUGCCGAUAAAGUGUUUGAACCUGCCGGAAGAUGUGAGGGAACAACUAACAUUGUUGCAAAAACAAUCCAAAAAGUCCAUUUUUUUCAUCGACAAGCAGGAUGAGCUCUUGAGGUUAAAGCUGUACUCAUUCUUGAACGAGUUCGAGAAGGGUAAAAUCCCAGACUCUCGUGAAUUAUACUCAUUGUACGCGGAGAAGUUGGAGAUUCGGGAUGCCAGGAGUUGCAGGUUUGAAAUUGAGUUCUUGGAGGAACAGGUUAUGAAUCAUGAAGGAGAUAUUGAUCCAACUGCGUCUGUGUUAAGCGGGUUUGUGGCAAUGACCCGAUACUCCAGUUUCUUGCUGUUUGGAUUUGAGGAGGAGCAUGAUGAUGAUGAACUGGGCGGAAGUCAUUCUAAGCACCAACACUACUACAGUUUAGGAUCCAUCUCCCAAGAAAUCCGACCUGAGACAUUUGGUUUUUCAUCAGCUUCAAAGGAUUUUUGCUGUCCCAUUUCAUUGGAUUUAAUGAAGGACCCGGUCAUCAUUGUAUCCACCGGGCAGACGUAUGACCGCCCUUCCAUACUUAGGUGGAUGGAGGAGGGGCACUGCAACUGCCCAAAGACGGGACAAACUCUUGUCCAUACCCACUUUGUGCCCAACAGGGCUCUCAAGAAUUUGAUCACCCAGUGGUGUGCUGCCCAUAGAAUUCCAUAUGACAACCAGCCCGAGACGGGAGAAUCAUGCAGUGGAGAAGGCUUUGGGGCAGUUUCACCAGGAAGGGCGACAUAUGAAGCCAAUAAAGCCACCGCAGCCCAUCUAAUAAAACAGCUUGGAGAAGGAACCCAGAAAGCCAAGACCAUCGCUGCCCAGGAGAUCAGAUUGCUAGCGAAAACGGGAAAGGAGAUCCGAGCCUACAUUGCUGAGGCCGGAGCAAUCCUUCUCCUGAAGAAUCUGCUCUCUUCUCCUGAUUCGGUAGCUCAAGAGAAUUCGGUGACCGCCAUUCUCAACCUGUCUAUUCACGAAAAGAACAAAGGGCGAAUCAUGGGCGAGAAGGGCUGUCUGGAGCUGAUUGUUGGGGUUCUCAGGUCCGGGCACACUCCGGAGGCCAGGGAGAAUGCCGCCGCGACUUUGUUCAGCCUCUCGGCCGUUCAUGAUUACAAGAAGAUAAUAGGGAGAGAGGAAGGCGCAUUGGAGGCGUUGGUGGGUCUGUUGAGAGAGGGGUCACCCAGGGGCAAAAAGGAUGCGGUGACUGCUCUAUUUAAUCUGUCCACGCACACGGAGAACUGCGGUAGAUUGAUAGAUUCCGGAGCUGUGAGUGCUUUAGUCAUGGCUUUGGGGAUCGAAGGCGUGUCGGAAGAAGCCGCGGGUGCAUUGGCAUUGGUUGUGAGGCAACCGGCUGGGGCGGUGGUAGUGGGACGAGAGGAGCAUGCGGUUUCCGGGCUGAUCGGUACGAUGAGAUGUGGGAGCCCAAAAGGGAAGGAGAAUGCAGUUGUAGCUCUGCUGGAGCUGUGCCGAGGAGGGGGUAAUGUGGCAGCAGAGAGGAUGUUGAGGGCCCCGGCAUUGGCCAGAUCGCUUCAGUCAUUGCUCUUCACGGGGACAAAACGGGCCAGGAGAAAGGCUGCGUCCCUUGCUAGAGUCUUCCAACGGUGCGAACAACAUGGCUCGACGGCAAGGAUGAUGCACUACGGCGGUGGGGGCGCGAACUCGGAGAGGGAUACGAGUUUUGUUGCCAGCGAUGUCUCGGUCACGAUUUCCAUUUCUGUUAUAUAAUUAACCGUACCACCCAUCCCUCUCAUACAUUGUUCAAUUCCAUGGGGCGCCUCUUUUAUUUUUGUCUGUAACAUUAAAAAAGAAUUGUUUUGAUUUUUUUUAGGAAAAAUUGAAAAUAAUAAUCCCAACUAUUACCGGUCCGCUAUUAAUAAUCCCAACUAUCGAUUAUUUCUGGGUGGUCCCAACUAUAGGGAGCAUUUGACAAAAAUAGUUCCUAACUUGCUACAAUCUGGUAUAACAGGUCAAAUUUAAAUGCGAACUAUGCAUAAACUCUAAAUAAUCCCAACUAUAGUUGAUCUUCUUUUAUUAAUCCCAAUUAUCAACUCUCAAUUUUAGAAAAAUAUAAAAAAAAUUAUAAAUUUUUAAAUUAAAUAUUUUUAAACAUGUAUAAAUUAUUAUGAAAAUUCUACAAAUGUACCAAAGUUAAAUAAAAUAGUUUUAGUCAUUUUUUAUUUAUUUUCGCUAUUUUUUUUCUUUUUUCCAAUUUAUUAUUCCCAAUUAUGUGAACAAGUUAUGAUUUAGUAUUAUUUUCCUUUAUUCAAUUUUACAAUUUCUGUUUUCAAAAAGCAAGAUGUGACUAAAUUUUUUAUGAUUGAAAGCAUUAUUCUAGUUUUUUUUCAUAAAAAUAUAUUUUAUUUAAAUUUUAUGCUAUGUUAUUUCAAAAAAUCUAAAUUCUCUAUUUUAUCCAUUUUAGUAUUUGUAAUUUCUUCUAUUUUUUAUAUUAUUAUAUGAAAUAGUUUAUCGUUCAAUUUUUGUGAUUUGAGGUAUAGGUUUUGGAGGUUUUGGCUGUUUUAAUGAAAAUGUAUUAUUAUUGUAAAUUUAAAUGAUAUAAUGGAAAUCGUAAAAUAUGUAGUGAUGGAAUAUAUGGCCCAGAAAUUCCCGGCAGGUCCAGAUGGGCCAAGCCCAACAAACAUACGCAUGAUGUGCCUUCGGUCCCACACGCCGAAGGCUUUAAACUCAGGAAACCUAGUCUAGAAACAUCACCAAAGAACAGAGUUUGAAAUAAGAGCCUUCCGCACAUACAGCCUUCGGCAUUAGGGACCCCCGGUGUGCAGGGCCUUCGGCCCUGGCAGGUACGGCCCAAGGCACUAUUCUCGACAAGAUCUCCUCUCCCCAUGCACUGAAUCGCCACAUCAAGUACAACGUCACACCCAAACCACCGCAUUGAAUGCGGCCACGUGCUAUGGUCGGCGCCACCCUAGUUGAGUUCACCGUCCACCGCUGGUUUCUUGACACGUGUACCCUCACUGAUUAUAUCUAGCAUUUAUAACUGCUAUAAAUAGCAGACAAUUUCCCCAUUGUAACACAACUUUCUAUAUCAAAUAUCUACUCUCUCUCUCUUACUUAUUGCUCUGACUUCUCUCUAAGUUAUUCCCCGCAAUAACCCCUCGAAUAAGUUACCCCCCGGGUACACCAUCCAUCAUGUAGAAAAUUAAAAGUGUAUCGCUUAAAAUUAAAAUAUUAAUACAUUUUCAUUAACAUAGCCAAAACCACCAAAUCCUAUGUCCCGAAUCACUAGAAGUCAAUGAUAAACUAUAUCAUAUAAUUUAUAUAAUAUAAUAACAUAAAAUAAAGAAAAUAGAAAGAAAUAAAAAAUUCUAAAACUGAAAAAAUAGAGAAUUUUUAUUUUUACAAUUAAG